CAAAAGAGCUAUUCUCAAUAUUUGCAAUGCAUGCUUUCCGCGAAUCCGAGAACUACCACGCGCUCCACGCGCACAUGAUUACGACUAAGUCCAGCACUCACGAAGGUGGCGAUUUGGAAUCAUGGCGGCGUGCUUGUGGCUGCCUUAAGACAAGUGAAAAGCUGCGACGGAUCAUCAACUCCUUUCCCUCGCCGCCGCCGCCUACACCCAAAGAGUCUCCCUUUUUUAAUAAUCCUCAAAGUGAGUCGAGUUCAAAGAUAUACAUGUCUCAUUGCAUGCCUCAUUGCUUGCAUCUACAAACCCAAUCUGGGCCAUUGUAUGAGUCGUCAAGUGCUCAACCUUUGCCGCCAACACGUGAUGCCCAGUCUAUUAAAGAGGAAUGCGUUCCGGAAGAGAAAAAGGACCAGGUGGAGUCGCAGUGCCGCGCGUGGCGGAUUCUUGUGGAGAUAACGUCCCUUAUACAGCUGUCAGUAACGGCCACAGCGCUGGCUCUCUACUACUUUAUCUACUGCUACAUGCAGCUUGUGUACUUUACGCUUCGCUCCGCACUCUACUUCCACCAUGCUGAUGGGCCAAUGAAGAUUACCAUCGCGGUGGUUACAGUGACUUCUGUGGUGGUCGGCUCCAACUUGCUUCUGAGGUUGGAAAGGAUCUUAGGAUACAUACCUGAAUCCAAAAUUGAUACAUACACUGUAGGUUACGAUCCUAGUGUCUAGCAUGUGCAUUGUAGAUGAAUAUUAAAGUAUGCGGUCGGCAUUUAAGUGAUCGAUUUUUUUAAUAUUACGUAAAUUUAUUAUCAUUUGAAAUUGAUUGUUGCAAAAUAGUAAACUGCAACGGUAGUUAUCAGCUUUUGCGUUAUAUUUAUUGUCAUGUCCUAAAAUAAAAAAAAUUGUAAACCCUCACCGGAAAAAUUCAUGAAUAGAAAUU